UCCACACUCAAUCGUCGCAUUCCGUACUGCUUCGCCUGAAAGUCGCCGAAUUGAAGCACGCAAAGCACGUAAUUCACCAUGAGACUGCAAACGCUCCUGUCCACAGCGCUCCUCGCAGCAACCACGUUUGCAGCAGAAGACUCUCCAAAUGAAUCGGCAGCAUCGCCAUCUCCCGACCCGACCCCCGCCGGCGCUCUCUGGAGCGCGAAAUGGGACACCGCCGACCUGCAGCCGUACCAGCGAAAGUGCCUGAACCGCAACACCUACACAGCCAAGAUUUACAAGCUCUCUGAGCUGUACCCCGAUCUCAAAGAAUUCGCCCCAGACCUAAAGAUCUUCUACAACAAGCAACUAUAUGCAGGCUCCUGGUCCGGGCACGAUGCGCACGGCGAGAAGCGCGAACUCAUGCGCAUGUCCACUUCAUCGCUACCUUACAAAGUCCGAGAAUGGCUCAAGAAGACACCGAAGCAGAAGCACUUCAAUGUUCAAGACGACAAUGUGUUUUUCGCGCCCGGCGCGAUUUACCCGAUAUUGCCGCUGUGGGUAGACGAGCCGGAGGACGCAGAGUGCGAGGACGUGUUCGAUGAUUUGGACUUGUAUAGUAAUGAGCCAGCGGAUGGAAAGGUGGUCGGGAAAUUAAGUCAUACAUAUGAUGAGGACAAGGAGGUUACGUUCACGGUUGAAGCGAUGGUGUUGAAGGGGAAGGGAAAGGCGCCGACAAGGAAAGAGGGGCAGAACGACGAGUUGUGAACGUAGAUUUCAUGGCUGGCGUGCCAGGCGUUUCCGGACCUGAAUAGAUAUGAUUUGCCAUUCAAGCUUCUUUGCCUUGGUCUG